GAAAUCUCGUCUCAUUGGCCUUCCGAUUUGUGUUUUUCGAGAUCUUGGUAUCUAAAUAUGCGUCUGAUUAGGAGCGAUCUGCUGGUUUAGCGGAUCGAAUCUAUGGAUUGGUUUCAUCGGUUCGUCACGAUUGGUUCCGGUUUAGAAGAGGAAAUGACUUAGGUUAUCGUUAUCGUGGAUCUGCAUAUGCCAAUUCUUCUUUAGCUUGUUUCUUAAGGCGCUAUGUUUUGAUCGAUAUUCCUCGUUUAAGGACAUUUUGGAGUUCUGACAGUUAAGCUGAAAAGUGCAGUUCGAUAUGUGUUGACAUCGUGAUAAGUUGAUUGUAUGAGCCAAAAGACCCCAAUAUUAAGCGUUUCAGCCAUGGGUGCAACAAAGAUGGGUAUUGAUAUGGAGGAAGGAUCACUGGAGAUUGGCAUGGAGUACAGGACAGUGUCUGGAGUAGCUGGACCCCUAGUUAUCUUGGAUAAAGUGAAGGGUCCAAAAUACCAGGAGAUUGUUAAUAUUCGAUUAGGAGAUGGCACUAUUCGACGUGGUCAGGUCCUGGAAGUUGACGGUGAAAAAGCUGUUGUGCAGGUUUUCGAAGGGACUUCUGGAAUUGACAACAAAUACACCACUGUGCAAUUCACUGGCGAGGUUCUAAAGACCCCUGUCUCACUUGAUAUGCUUGGACGCAUUUUUAAUGGUUCUGGAAAACCUAUAGAUAAUGGCCCUCCUAUUUUGCCGGAGGCUUAUUUGGAUAUAUCUGGAAGUUCCAUUAAUCCCAGUGAAAGAACCUAUCCUGAAGAAAUGAUCCAAACUGGAAUAUCAACCAUUGAUGUUAUGAAUUCUAUUGCUCGAGGGCAGAAGAUCCCCCUCUUUUCUGCUGCUGGCCUCCCUCACAACGAAAUAGCUGCUCAGAUCUGUCGUCAGGCUGGUUUGGUUAAACGUUUAGAAAAAACUGACAACCUUUUGGAGGGUGAGGAAGACAAUUUUGCCAUCGUAUUUGCUGCCAUGGGAGUCAACAUGGAAACUGCACAGUUUUUCAAGCGUGAUUUCGAAGAGAAUGGUUCUAUGGAAAGAGUGACACUCUUUCUAAAUUUGGCAAAUGACCCCACAAUUGAGCGCAUUAUCACUCCACGAAUUGCUCUCACAACAGCAGAAUAUUUAGCUUAUGAAUGUGGGAAGCACGUGCUUGUCAUCUUAACUGACAUGAGCUCAUAUGCUGAUGCUCUUCGUGAGGUAUCGGCCGCCCGCGAGGAGGUGCCGGGUAGGCGUGGUUAUCCUGGAUAUAUGUAUACUGAUCUGGCAACUAUAUAUGAGCGAGCUGGACGUAUUGAAGGUAGAAAAGGCUCCAUUACACAGAUACCCAUCUUAACCAUGCCCAAUGAUGAUAUAACACAUCCUACUCCCGAUCUCACUGGUUAUAUCACUGAAGGUCAAAUAUAUAUUGAUAGGCAGCUUCAUAAUCGGCAGAUAUAUCCUCCAAUCAACGUUCUCCCUUCUUUAUCUCGGUUGAUGAAAAGUGCUAUUGGUGAAGGCAUGACUCGUCGUGAUCAUGCGGACGUUUCCAACCAGCUCUAUGCCAAUUAUGCCAUUGGAAAGGAUGUUCAAGCAAUGAAAGCGGUCGUGGGAGAGGAGGCUCUGUCAUCUGAGGAUUUGCUCUACCUGGAGUUCCUGGACAAGUUUGAAAGGAAAUUUGUUGCACAAGGGGCUUAUGACACCCGCAACAUAUUCCAAUCCCUUGAUCUGGCAUGGACUCUGCUACGUAUCUUCCCUCGCGAGCUUCUCCACCGUAUUCCUGCAAAGACCCUAGACCAGUAUUACAGUAGAGAAGCAGCAGCACACUAAUUUCCUCGGACAACUCUAAGAUCUUCAUUGAUGUCUGCACGAAUAAGUUGCUGUUGUACUAAAGCUCAGAAACUCAGGCUCCUUUUUCUUGGUUAAAUCUCUAUAUCCAUUUUUUUUUUUCGUUUGCAGUUAAUAGAGUAAUUUUAUUGCCUGAGCACCUUUUGUAACAAUAUGCUCUUAUACACCACUCGAUUCUGCUUAAAGUGGAGAGCUUUAAGCGGCCUGUAUGUUGUCGGAAGCCUUCCUCGGAUUGACUUAGUUUUUUUUUUUUUUGGUGCGAUUAUAAAAACCAUAUGGCUCUUUCUUCCCACAGGAAACUUUAUUUGGAUCGCCUGAGCGUUUUGUAUGUUGGCACAAUCUUGAUGGUAUAUCAAACUAACAUUUUCAAUGCUG